AUGCUUAAUUUUGCUUUGCAAAGCGUUGGAAUGCCAAUCAGUGGGCAGGCCAAUUUGCAUCGUAUUUGUGACGUCUUGACCACGCUGGCGCUUACACCUGCCAGUGGUGCUGUUGGAUUACGAUUGGCUGAGUUGACGGCCUCAUGCUGGAAAUCGGAGACAACAAUGUUACGUGAAGAGCUGGAAUCCUGCGCUUAUCACAUCGUGCGUGAAUCCGCUACUCGUGGUUCGCCUAUAAACCAGAUGCUAACACGAUUAUGCUCGAUCAAAGCUUUCUCCGUCAGACAUUCGCGUAGCGCAUCGAAAACCUGUCUUGCAGCAUUACCUUCGGCAAGUGGUGAGUCAGCCCCUGUGAUGAUGAGCAGUGCAUCGGACCUCAUCGUGUCCCGAGGAUCAACCACCUGUCGGCCUAUUUCUGCGGCUCCAUUAAAACCCUCCCACAGACUUCCGGAGGACAUCAAGUCCCACAUCACUACAAUGGAUUCCUCGAAUUCUGACCAUCCCGACAGUGCUACAAAUGGGGCAGUUUUCUCCUCGCACGAAACUGCAUGCAGUCCAAAACACGAGUCACCUCUGGAUACCUUGAAUGCCGAAACUCAACGUCUCUUGACCCAGAUGUUCCAGGACACACAUCACGUGACUCCUACCCAUUUGUUACGCGAUUCAGUCUACCGUUUCAGCAAACCAGCGCGCCUGACCGAACCGACUGAAGUUGUUGCCCACAGGGAUCCAGAUGUGGUCCACAGCCCGAGUGAUUUCCCACCGGCCUUGGUUGUCGUUUCAUCGAUGUCAAGUGAGAACCAUGUUCAUUAUCCACAGUGCUCUACGGAAACGAGAGUGUCGAACUCUACUGCAUUGGACGUCCAACUGGAUGGAAAUUUGAUAGAUAUUUGCAAGCCGCUCCGUCUGUUCCCAGAAUCGUCACAGGAGAAUUCUUCGGGAAGCAUCUCUUCUAACCGAAUCUCACCUAGUUCUGUGACUCCAGGAUCGACACCUUCCAAUGACGAAAUCCGCGUGGAUCUUCGGAAGGCUGGCAAUGGUUCUGGUCGCUCGGUCCGACUGGAGCUGCUGGAGUUGCUUGACCUGGUUUUGGAGGUGGCCAAAACGUCUGUCUCCAACACUGGACAGCUCCGUGGUGGUGCUGCAGCUGGUGAUGACUGUGAACCACAUCGGCCUCCGGUGGGUCUAAUCACUCAGCUACUUUGGCGCUCCAGGGCGCUGGACGAUCGUGGGCCUUGGAUUCUCACUUUUGCUAUAUGGUGGCUAAUGCAGCACUACUUUGGCAUUGGCAGUCGCGUUCACCAUGUUCGUCUCCGCUGGGGACAUUUGCGCCUUGUUUCCAAUGUUCGUGACCCAAUGACAGAUGAAUUAUGCGAAGCGAUUGAAUAUGUUGGACCACCCGAGUUUAUUACUGUCAAAGCGGUGGCACUGCUGGAGCAUUGCGGUGAGUCUGAAACGCCAGUCCGUCGUGUUUAUCCCUCUUCCGGUUGGGCUGAAGCUGAAAUGACAAUUGCUUCUGCCCUAAUGGCGGGAACACAGCUGGGACAUCCAAAAAUUCGGCCUCUAGAUACUGGACCUGAUGUGCCACCUGUCGAACCUCGUCCUGGCCCCAACUUCGUCAGUCUUUUCAAGGCGUUUACAAAGCGACGGCAACAGCCCUCUCUGCUUCCAGAUGCACCAUUUUACGUGCAACCUCUCAAGUCGUCACCAACGGUACUGAACUGCAACUCGUCUGUGGCCUGGUUCAGUGUCGCGGCUUUGGGAAAAAAUAGAGUUGGCGCUCUGAUGCGCAACAUUGUCAACAGGGUCGUUCGACCCAACCUCGCUCACAUCGCUUCUGCUGCUACCAUGUCCGCCUAUAAGGCAUGCGUGGAGGCCACCCAACGCACCGUGAAGGCUGUUCCUCUUCUUGAGCUGAACCCAGCCUUUCGCCCUGAUGUGAAUCAUCGACUGUUGGUGAGCAAGUUGUCUUACAUCUUGUGUCUGGAUAUGUCCGUUACGUCAUCAUCGAAAACCAGAUGUGUGGCCCAACAACCAUCUCCGUGCCUACACUCGAAUACACUCACAUAUACACAGUCCGCGGACACCGUCCAACCACAGCCAAACGAAUCUCUAUCCGGCCUCAAGUUACCAUUAGCAUCGGGUGGACCCACCACGUCUACGAUUAAUUGCCUACCACAAACGGUGCCGUUGCAUAAUACCUCGUUUGCACAAACCACUCAGUUGGUCGGACUUGACCUCCAGGAUGUAUGCGCUCGACCUCAAUUUCAGUCAUACCCCUGCCAGACGUCAAGCUUACUCUUGUUAACUUCUGCUGAUGGGUCGAGCAGGCAAUUGAUCGCUUGCCAGCCGUCUUUGCAACAACCGUUACAAACCAAUGCCCAAAACGGACUGGUUCUUAUCCCCACCGCGAGUGCAAACUCACUCAGUUGGAAUGGGAACCUACUUCGGAAUGUGACGGCCGAUACAAGCCUCCCACCUCAACCGUUGCCUGUCACAGGUGAGGGAAGUGAAAUGAGGGCUCGGCAAACUAUUGCCUACCUUGCUCAGAGAUCCUCCACCUCUUCCAAUCCAAUCAGUUUGAUACUUCUGUCUACAAACGCCAACGACCAAAAUAGUGCGACCGCACCUUUGCUCGUGAACGCCAUCAACACAUCUUCCGACCAAUCGCAGCAGUUUUAUCGGCCGCAGGCACAAAUCGUGGCGAUUGAUUCCAAUGACAUCAUAUCGACCACAGCGGAUGGAACGGUUUUCAGUCCACAGUACGCCCGGCCGAUCAUUUUGUGUGCUGAUCAGCCCUUACUCACUUUCACUUCCGUCCCAUCCACCCAGUUGGCUGUAUCGAUAGCGUCGGACUCCGUAUCGUCCUCUGUUUGUCCAUGCACCGUGGCCACCUCUGCGCCAUUCGGCUACAUCAAAUCGAGGCCUCUUCCACAUCUGGAGUAUAGUGUCACUGACGUAAAGCCCGAACAACCUUCUCCCACCGAGGACAUCUCUCUCCCAACUCCGAUAACCAUGCGGGCAAUCAUUUCCGAUGGUCAAGUCAUUAACAUCACCCAGACAAGCGGUCGAAGCCCGGAGAAUGCGCAGGUCCAUCGACCGGUGUAUGCCGAGUCGACAAUGUUCUCUCAGUGCACCAGUGAAGUGGACACCACAAUAGAUGACCUAAUCUUGUUGUGCAGCGAUCCUAAUCGACAAGAAAUUGUAGCACCGUCAGCAGCACACACUCCAGACGACACCAUAUUCCUUUCCUCGGAAUACGGACCAUCCCAUGGUGUCUUCCCUAACACCCCAUCCAAAGAUCGCACUGCUCAAAAUGGCUCCACCCAAAUAGUAGUGGAUCUUCCUGGCUUGUCCGCACUUACCUCGCAACCUGCGAACUCCCCGAGUACCGAGAACCUAUACGACAAAGUAUCCACGAAAUCUUCCGAUGAGCACAAGAAUCAAUCGAAAAGGUGCUCCGGAUCUCUAGAGCCGCUGCCCCCUGUUUCCGAGAUGACGGCGUUUUCGCGCCCCCCAGAGCCAAGGCCUGAUCAACUGCGGACACUGCAAGAGGCAAUCGAUUCAGCGCGGUCUUUCCAAUGUGGAGAUUUCCCCGCCUACGUGGAACAGUUGUUCCUCAAGGGUAUUCUCAGUGCUCACCGUCCGUGGUUGUUGAACUUUUGCGCUUGGUUUAUCAAUACGGUGGUGUUCGAGGUGGAAAAUCGCUCGGACCAUGUCAGUUUGCUUUGGGGUGACUUCAGGCUGCAGACCACCGCGGACGGCAAAAUAGAGUACAUCUACUUUUUGAAUCGCAUGAAUAACCGACCCUAUUAUCUCGCAGCCGCACCACCUUCGCCUUACAGUCUGGGACUGGAUGAGGAAACCGUUCGUCUGGUCGAGAAUAAACCGUUGCCUGUUCGUUCCCCGUGUCCAGUCGCAGUGUUUAAGACGCUUCGAGAACGCCGGCCUGCUUUCUGUCUUCAACCAACGUCUAAAUUUUAUCUGCAGCCCCGCUCGGCUGAAGACAUCGACGCUAUAAGAAAAACUGUCCCGACAGCCCUUCACGACUGGUUCACCGAACGACCAUGGGGAAAAAACAAAUUGGGCAGUUUGCUUGGCGAGGCCGCAAAGAUGGCCGGACUACCUGUGAUAUGUCUGCGCAAACAGCGGGCGCGUAUACACACACCAGAGAGCAAUUCCGCUUUUGCAGCGGAUGCGCGUAAAGUCGGCGCAUCCGCACUAUCUUCUAGUCAAAACCUAUCUACAACUGUACUUUCGAACGAUCCAGCUGAUCUGACAACCCGGUCAAUAUGCAGCUCAUCCUUCUCCUCACGAAAUGAGGAUCGGCCGAAGAACGACGUGAAGCGGCGACGCAUGUCUCAUCCUCAGAUGUCUGGAACUUUCACACACGUUGCACAACCUUCAGAAACUUACUCUUCCACCAAUCCGGUUCAGCUACCGAGCUCAUCCACAUUCCUCAACCGAAGCGAUUCCGUGCUCAGCUCGUGA